GUUGACCAGUUGGGAGCUGCUCCUGCGAGCAUUCCAUCUAACGCUGUUCUCUGACUAGGAGUCCCUUCGCACAGAAACUUCAAGACAGCCAGGGGACAACAGGACUGUUAAGUGUGAUGCUGGCUGAGCUUCAUCUUUUUAACCCAGGAAUCUGACAUCACUUUUUCACAGCGGAAAAGAAAGAGGAGAAUUAACUAUGGAAUAAUAGCCACAUGGUGAGUUUAACGCCUCUAAGCAUAUAUAGCAUCAGAAUGCAGCUGCCUGUGUCUGUUAAACUGAGAUUGCUAGAUCCUUGGACAUGAAUUUCCUCUGCUAUUGUUUCAUUUUAUGUUUAUUGCAUCUCUACACCAACAGCGAGAAAACAAAUAGUUUAAAUAUGCAAUUUUUUUUUUUUUUUUGCGUCAAUUUUAUAUUACACUUGCUGUUGAUUAGCACCGACACAAAUAGAUGAGUGAAGCCUAUAGAAGCACAACAAAAUAACGGUAAACAUCUGUUUUACGUAAUGCGAAAAGGGAAAAUACAACCUGAUAUUGCUAGUCUGCUGUAUAAAAACUGCACUAACAUUGUAAAUGUCUCAAAUCCACAUGCAUAAACAAAAAAUGAAAAUAUUGCUCAGAAACGUACAUCAAUUUUUUAUUGUUAUUGGUGUCACUUUAAUAAAUAGUUGCUAUUAUUUUCCAUGCUGUUCAUUUUUGCUCACAUGUAACUGAUUCAUUGCAUAGUGCUUGGCAACAAACAGUUAAAACACAUAAGACUGCAUGAUGCAUCUGUCUAUGCUUAUGCGUUAUAUUAUAAUGCAAUAUGACACCUUCCUGUAGUGUUCUUCAUUGCAUUAAACACCUUACAAACUCGAGGGGUACUUGGUAAACAUUAUUAGGGUGCUAUGAUUUCGCUAUUAGUGUGUGGUAUUGACUAUUGGAAAUUGUAUAUUGCAUUAGUUUAUAUUUACCACUGAGUAAGUAAGAAAAAAACAAAAAGAUUUCAACAAAAUUUCACAUACAUUUGAUAUUUUGUUGGGUUUUUUUUUAUUGUUUUUUAUUAUGUUUGAAAUUCUUUUCAGUUGUCUAGGUUUAUUUUUUUAUAUACAUAUUUGUUUUUUAUAAUAUAUUCAGGGAAAGAAAAAAAAUCAACAAAGCAAUGAGUUUAGGAUAUGUUACCGAAUCUAAUUUAAAAAAUCAAAACAAUAUAUCCUCUUUAGAUAGAGUAAAAAAAUACUGUUGUAUUUGGGUACUGUCAUUUGGUUUAAACAUCAUUCAAUGGAUUCAUCUCUGAAUUCAUGAUAUCAAUUGUUCUUACUUUGUUAUAAAGAAAAAAAAAAAUAGUGGAUGUCAGAGUUAAUCCACAUUGGUUGCUGAUGGAUUUUAUAACACAGACAUGAAAAAGCAGGGACGACAACUGUGUUGCUACUCGUAAUGAGUUUGUUUAAACAGCAUCUGACAAGAUUUUUUUUUUUUUUAAUGAAUUGCUUUCAACCACAGGAUUCCAUACAGAAGCUGCUCAACGUAGCAACAAAGGGGUCUUUCUUACAAGUACUAACUGCAGAUGUAACCGACACAGAGAGCUGUUAAAGAUCUCAGUGAAUAAAAAUUGCCAGAUGUCAAACAUUUCAUCUUUAACAAAAAGCUAUAGGUCUAUUUAUAGGCAACGCUUUUACCGGGGAUGUAUAUUGUAAGUAGGUAUGUAGCAUGGCUACAGUCAACUCAUUUGAUAUCCUGUAAGAUCUACUUUUGGGUGAUAUGGCCACUUUAUUUACUGAUUGAGUGAUAUGCGAAUUGUGAUAAUAUUUUAAAAUUAAAGUGAACUUGUUACUUUAUUUUAAACUUUAAUUAAACUAAAUCCUUUUGCUGUGUGCCUACCAAAAUGUAAAACAUUUUUUCAGUGACCUUCAAUGGAGCUUCAUAGAAUUUUCAGGAUACUCAUCUCCUCCAGAAUGGUUCCAGCACCGACAUUAACCAACAUUCAUAGGCAUGAAUCCUCUUCUCUGUCCUACCUCUCUUUGUGGAGCCUCUGAUGGCUUCCCAGACCGGGCAUUUCCCCCCCACCCCCGAUGACGCUGAUGUGGUUAUAGCAAUGGCACACAUGGGGCGCAUGAACAGUGAAACAUUUAAGCUGGCCAUUGGCGUAUACUAAGACAGAUGGACAUUGGCAUAGAGUCUAUGCCAAUACUCUGUCUGCCAUAACAGAGGGAGAGCACGAAUUUAGUGGUAAUUUUUUACACAAAUUUAUACAUUAGCUUGCAAUUUCACUAGCACAAUGUAUAGAUGAAAUUGGAACUGGAUUUGAAUUAUGGAAAGUAUAUCAACCCAUGACAGGUACCCUUUAAGGAACAUAAUAAUAAACUCGAUCAUUGAAAACUUUAGUCCUACAGGAAUUAUACAGUUUCUCACAUUAAUUUGCAAGGAAACAAUAACCGUUCUUUACCAUUGAAAAUGAGCUCAGGUAACUUAAAGGAACACUAUAGUCAUCUACAGAACUUUAGCUCAAAGAAGCAGUUUUUGUGUGUAGAUCAUGCGUCUCCGGUUUCACUGCUCAAUUCUCUGCCAUUUAGGAGUUAAAUCACUUUGUUUCUGUUUAUGCAGCCAUUGCCACACCUCCCCUGGCUCUGAUUGACACAGCCUGCAUGAAAAAAACUGGUUUCACUUUCAAUCAGAUGUAAUUUACCUUAAACAAUUGUAUCUCUUUCUCUGUAAAUUGAACUUUAAUCACAUACAAGAAGCUCUUGCAGUGUCUAGCAAACUAUUAACAUAGCAGGGGAUAAGAAAAUCUAAAUAAAACAGAACUUGCAAUAAAGGAAGGAUAAACUGUAGAUGACUCUUUACAGGAAGUGUUUAGGAAGGCUGUGCAAGUCACAUGCAGGAAGGUGUGGCUAGGGUUCAUAAACAAAGUGAUUUAACUCCUAAAUGGCAGAGAAUUGAGCAGUGAGACUGCAGGGGCAUGAUCUAUACACAAAAACUGCUUCAUUAAGCUAAAGUUGUUCAGGUGACUAUAGUGUCCCUUUAAGGGUUAUCUUGAAAACACAGCCGAGCAGGACUGAGCAUUGUAUUGAUUAUGAUUCAAGGGCCACAAGCUUUGUGUGUGACAUGGCUUCCCAGCUAUGGGUUGGUUUACAACAAGCAUGUCAAACUCACCCACAAUUAAUCAUUUUGCGAGCCGCGAGUAUGACAUGCUUACUAAGGCAGAGUAGGCACCUGCUCUCCCCACAUUGCAGGUACCUACUCUGCUAAAAUGUACCCGGCCUGGGAGGAGAGGUCACUGGCGGCAGCGAAAGAGCUCAGUCUUUCUGCUCCUCGCGCGCGCUCUCUGGAGUGAUGCCAGGUGCCAGAAUAUGAAGUCAUUCCUGCACCCGGCAUCACUAGACUGCACACGUGAGUGAGCAGUGAGGAGCAGGAAGGGAGACCUCAGGGAGAGGCCCCACACCAGCUCCCAAAGGUAGGGAACCAAAAAUAAAAUGAUGUGAGUGUGUGCAAGAAUGUGUGUGUGUUUCUGUCUGAGUGCGUGUGUCUGUCAGUGAGUGUGUGUCAGAGAGUGUGUCUGUCAGUGAGUGAGCGUGAGUGUGUGUCUGUCAAAGAGUGUGUCUGUCAAAGAGUGAGUGUGUGGGUCUGUCAGUGAGUGUCUGUUAGUGAGUUUGUGUGUCUGUAAGUGAGUGUAUCAGUGUUGUGAUGGCCGCACCUGUAGGUGCACGGAGGCACGCAAUGCCAUGUCACAUUCCAACGUGACAUCAACAUGCUCCACCUUCAGGGUUUCAAGGAGUAGCGUGAGGAUCCGCUUUGGCACCAUUGGGGGUAUACCAGAAGAUGGAUUCCGGAGUCGCAUACUGGCAGCGGCAAUGUGAGUGGAGUCUGUUUGUUGGCUAAUAUUGUUUUUGUUUUUUUAAAACAAGGUCCAGGGUUUAGAAGAGGGGCAUCCUGGGAUUUCGUAGAAGGGUAGGGGACUGGGAUUAGUAUAGAGGGGGGACUGGGAAUUAGUAUAGAGGGGGGACUAUUGUAUAGUAGAGGGGGAUUCUGUGUUUUUUUUAAUUCUUUAUUUUUGUUUGUGCAUAGAUUAUACAUGGUACAUUUAAGUCGGCAAUGCCACAACAGCUGUUGCCAGAGAUUCAACAUACAUUUAAAGACAAUUGUGUGACAUGAAGAACCGUGCACAUUUUCAAAGUGUUAGUGAGGUUUAAACAAGUAAGUAUACAAGAGAAAUUACAAUGAAGUAACUAGUUAGUUCAGGCAUUAAGUACUAUGGUAAUGUUUAAGCAAAGCUAACUGGUUAGCAGUAGUCAAUACACAUGAAUAAGUAAUAGCUGUGAAUGGAGUGAAUGUAAUAAAGUCAGGCAAGGUCAUGCUGUACAGACCCCUAGAAGUCUUUUACACUACAUACAGUGUCUGGUACAUGGUACAUGGGAGAUGGUUAUUAAGUAAUAUCCCUAUGCUAUUCACCAAAGAGGUAAUAAAACAUCACUGACAGGGCUAGGCAGCUGUGGUUUGCACAGCGACUCCUCACACAGAGCAGAUCUUAGCAGUGACAACUAGUGAAGUUUAAAGGUAGCGGGGCAUUAGACUCUGCCCUUGACUCAAUGAGAUGUCACAUUCUGUUCAACAUCAUAAAGCUAUAGAUACAGAUGAGGUCCAACUCCACCCUCAAUGCUGUUACACAUUGACAAAAGAUAGAAGGACAAUACACAGGCCAGUCUUUUUGGGUUGUUCAUGAUCCAACAACCCAAAGCAAAACCAUUAAGUGAAGUUGACAAUCCUGUUAUAAUAAACUCUGCAUGUCAGUGUGGUCUAUGACCAAAAACGUAGAUUUUCGGUUUUUUGUCUGUAGCCCUUACUAUAAUAAUUGAUUUGUUUUUCUUUUGUAAAGAGUUCUGAGACUAAACUGGUCCAUGGAUUGCGGGAUAAAACUUACCAGGAAAGGUUAAAGGAUCGUAACAUGUAUAGCUUGGAGGAAAGACGACACAGGGGGGAUAUAAUAGAAACAUUUAAAUACAUAAAGGGAAUCAACACAGUAAAGGAGGUGACUAUAAUUAAAAGAAGAAAAACUACCACAACAAGAGGACAUAGUCUUAAAUUAGAGGGGGAAAGGUUUAAAAAUAAUUUCAGGAAGUAUUACUUUACAGAGAGGGUAGUGGAUGCAUGGAAUAGCCUUCCAGCUGAAGUGGUAGAGGGUAACACAGUGAUGGAGUCUAAGCAUGCGUGGGAAAGGCAUAAGGCUAUCCUAGACUUAAGAUAAGGCCAGAGAUUAAUGAAAGUAUUUCGAAAACUGGGCUAACUAGGUGGGCCAAACGGUUCUUAUCUGCCGUCACAUUCUAUGUUUCUACGGCAAAAACUUGUAGAGGAGGAGGCUUCCUCACCUGCCUCUUUGGAUCAUCUUUACUGCAUCUUAGAAUCCUUAGAUGUUAGUAAAGAAAGGAAACCGAGAUUUUGCAGAAUUAGGUGCACAAGUAAAUGGACAUUUAUUGACAUGAAUAUUAGGGCUUGAAGAGGCUCAUGAUCUAAUUUUGGUCACUGUUAGUCCAACCAUAAAUCCUGAGGCCUUUCUGGUCCUCAGUGAUUGAAGCUUUACAGUAACGAAAUGAAAUUCCUGUUUGAGUAGACAAAACAAAGACAUUUUCUAUUGAAUUUCCUGCUCAGAAAACAUUUAAGAUUAUGCAAGAUAAUUACUUCCUCAAGUAGCUAAAAAUCAGUAUGUGCAAACGAAAUACAUUAUAUCAAGUUUUAUGUAGGUCUAAAUUAGUAUUUCUGAAUUAGCAGAGUGUCUUUCUCAUGGAACAGAUUAGAAGAGCAUUCAAGCUGAGAGUUUGAAUGAAUUUUAGUGUUUGUGAUACCAUUAUAUUUUUAUGUGAUUUAUUUCAACAUUUUAUGCCUUUCAGACAUCAGAAGGGCUUGAACUGAGGCCACUGUUAGCCACACAUUAUUCUUCCUCUAAAUCAGGGGUUCCCAACCAGUUCUCAAGUACCCAAUACCAGUCCAAGAUUUAGGGAUUACUCUUCUGUGUCUAAAGUGUUUUUUUCCUUUUCUAAAAACACUUUAUACUCAACUGGGUAAUCCCUUAAUCCUGAACUGUUAGGUGGUACUUGAGGACUGGGUUGGGAACCACUCCUCUAAAUGAAUUGAAGAUGCCCCACAGUAAAUGUUUAUUGAAAGUGUCUAAUAACGUGGUUCCAAAAAUAGGGAAAGUUCAAGAGUGGCUACCAUCCAACAGAGGUACUUAAUUAUAGGCUUCUGUAUAGAAUGCAAGUGUGUAUUGAGAGUAUGACCCUACAAAACGUAUUAAGCAUAAUGGGGGGGAGGGGGGACUGUGUGUUUCUUAUUAUGGUCUCUCUUUGUAAAUUGUUUAGUGAUUAUUUUCCUUGUAUUUACUGUCUUAAUCAUUCCAUUGACAUUUGAGAGGAUGUAUUAGAUAGUCAACAUUACAAAGAACAAAUGUUACUUUUGACCGUAGAAGAAGGCUAGUGGGAAGGCAGCAAAGCUUUGUUAAAAUCCACAUAGAUCUCUUGUCCCUCCUCGCUUUUGGUAUGUCCUCUGAUUCUCAAUUCUGAGUGCAAGGAUCUCUAUAAUACAGAGGAACAUGCCUAAAGGAAAUGAGGAUGAGAGGCAUGGAGAAUUUUUCCAAUUCAAGUAUUCUGAGUUUCACUGGUCUAUUCUGAUAAUGCACAGUUAAAGGAAUUAGCUGAUAGCUCUCAACUAGCUCAGCCCUGGAUGUCUGGCACCUAGCAAACAACUUGACUGCUUACAUUAGGGGCGUCAGGGCACUGGACUGGUUAUGAUAUUUUGAGUGUUCCUUUAAAAAAACAUAAUCAUGUCAGUGACUUAAAUUAAGGGUAGUUUAGCAAACUACUUUUAGCGAAAUUUUCAUGUUUUUGCUUAAUUAAGUUGAUUGGCUUAAUGGUGAAUCACAAUGUUUAGUUAAUUACAAAUGUUGAUGAAAUGCACUUAUCCUUUCAUUUAAUCUAUCAGGAAGGGAGAACACAGUAAAGGAAACCAAGCCAGAUUUUAAUUCUUUUCAGUGGCUGUUAGACUUUCUGUGACCCUUAGACCCAAGGGCACAAAGCCAACAUUUUUGUUGAAAGCCGCAAUAUACUUAGCACUAUAAUGAUCACUAAAAAAUCGCUUUAUCCUGAGGUUGAGAUAUGGUUGUAACAAAAUUAUCAAGGUAACAGAAGUCAUCAGGGCCUACAUUUUACUUUGGGAUUCAGUAAAUUUACCCAUAACCCCAAAUCAUUAUGUCAGGUUAAUCUCUAAAUGCGACAAAAUCCAAGAGUUACACAUUCUUUUCAAGGAUUCACAUGUUUUAUGAUAAUUUAGAAAAACAGAUCAUUGGCAAUGGAACUUGCAUUUAAUUGUCAGGGGAGCAGUACCGCAUUCCCAUGAAAUGUAUAGGAUGUUGGAUUGUCAGAAUAUAUCAUUACUGGGAUCAGUGAAGUUAAUCAUGCUUUUUGUUUUUUCAAAUCCCAGGAAUAUUGAUCAUACAUCCCUUGUGCAGUCUCUAAAGUCUCUACUUCACUGAAUCAACUCAACGUCCUAGGAGAAGUGGGUCACUGUGCAUUGAUAACACAUAAUAUAAUUCAUACAAUCAAUGACAAAACUGAACGCCUAGUGUAGUUGUGAUGGGAGCGGUGCCUGUAGUUGUCAUUUGAGCUGUGCCUCUAUUGGUGAUUGGUGUUGUCUGUGUUGUUAUUGGAGACGUGACUGUAGUUAUUGUACUUGUGAUUAGGGCUGUCCAUGUAGUUGCGAUUGGGGUUGUCCAUGUAGGUGCUGUAGCUGUGAUUUGGUUCCUGUAGUUGUGAGAAGGGAUGUCCUUGUAGUUGCGAUUGGGCUGUCCAUGUAGCUGCUGUAGCUGUGCUUUGGUUCCUUUAGUUGUGAGAAGGGCUGUCCUUGUAGUUGCGAUUGGGCUGUCCAUGUAGGUGCUGUAGCUGUGAUUUGGUUCCUGUAGUUGUGAGAAGGGCUGUCCUUGUAGUUGCGAUUGGGCUGUCCAUGUAGGUGCUGUAGCUGUGAUUUGGUUUCUGUAGUUGUGAGAAGGGCUGUCCUUGUAGUUGUGAUUGGGCUGUCCAUGUAGGUGCUGUAGCUGUGAUUUGGUUUCUGUAGUUGUGAGAAGGGCUGUCCUUGUAGUUGCGAUUGGGCUGUCCAUGUAGGUGCUGUAGCUGUGAUUUGGUUCCUGUAGUUGUGAGAAGGGCUGUCCUUGUAGUUGCGAUUGGGCUGUCCAUGUAGCUGCUGUAGCUGUGCUUUGGUUCCUUUAGUUGUGAGAAGGGCUGUCCUUGUAGUUGCUGUAGUUUUAAUUGGGGAAGUUACUGCAGUUGCUCUAGUUAUAAUUUUGAUUGCCUCUGUAGUUGUCUUUGUCUGAACCAUCAUUGCAGGUCUGAUAUCUAAAAGACCUUUGAAUGAUUAGAUAGCAUGAGUUUAUGUACCUUCUCUGUCUAUGGGUAAUUACAUCAAUAAUUUUCCUUUGUGACCUCAAAAUUGCACUUUUCAAACUGCAAGUAAGUUCUAUGGUUUUCUAUGGUUAGACUUCAAGUAAAAGUAACAUUUGUAAGAUGUUAAUGAAGAGAAUGUGUCUUGGAAAUAUCUUAUUAAAAUGUGUCUUGGUCCAAAAUAAGUUGAGAACCACUGGUAUAGCCAGCUGUGCCAGGGAAGGAUGGAUGCGAGGAAUCAAUAAAAUAAAUGAAUGCAAUAAAACUAUAAAAGAAGUAUCAUUAAAUUUAUUUUGAUUACGUUUGUGUUAAUUCCAGAGCUACAUUGGUCUGCUAAAAAAUUGAUGUUUCUUUAAUUAUGGUAAUGUAAUAUAUACUAUAGGGCCAGAUUACUUUAAGGGACACUAGAGUCCCCAAAACGUUAUCUUAAUGAAGCAGUUUGUGUGUAUAGCUCAGACCUCUGAAGUCUCACUGCUUAAUUCUAUGCUAUUUAGGAGUUAAGUCACUGUUGUUUCUAUGAAGCCCUAGCCACACGUCCCUUGGCUGUGGCUCACAUAGCCUGCAUUAAAAAUGUUUUUUUUUUUAAUUUUCAAUCAGAUGUUAACAUUCUUUAGAAAUGUUUAUCUUCUGCUCUGUAAAUUUAAGUUUAAUCACACAUGGGAGGCUCCUGCAAAUUCUAGCAAGCUAUUAUCAGAGCAGGAGAUAAAUUGAACAGAAUGUGCAAAUAAAAAAGUUUAACCAUUAGAUAUCUCUUUACAAGACGAAUUUAGGAAGGCUGUGUAAGUCACAUGCAGAGAGGUGUGACUAGGGCUGUAUAAACAGGAACAGAGUGAUUUAACUCCUAAAUGACAGAGAAUUGAGCAAUGAGACUGCAUCGGCAUGAUCUGUACACCAAGACAGAGCAAGGUAGGGGGGUUGGGUGGACUUCUUAUGUAUGAAAUGUGUAUGAAUGUAAUUUUUGUGUAUGUUCUGUCAGUGAUUGUGAGUGUGUGGGGGGGGGGGGAUCUGUGUGUAUGUCUGUGAUUGUGAGCGUGUAAGUCAGUGAUUAUAUAUUUGGGUUUGUGUUUGUAUAUCUGUGAAUAUGUGUGUGUGGGUCUGUGAUUGUGUGUAUAGGUGUGGGUCUGUGAUUGUGUGUGUGUGUGUAUAGGUCUGUGAUUGUAUGUGUGUCUCUGGUUAUGUGUGUAUGUAUGUGACUCUAUAGGAUCUGUGAUUGUGUGUGUAUGUCUGUGUGUUUACAUCUGUGAUUAUGUGUGUCUAUGUAUGUAUGUGACUGUGUGUAUAGGUCUGUGAUUGUGUGUGUGUAUGUGUAUUUGUGAUUGUGUGUAUAGAUCAGUGACCGCAUGUGUAGGUAUGUGAUUGUGUGUAUAGGUCUCUGGUUGUAUGUGUUUGUGGGUCUGUGAUUGUGUGUGUAUGUCUGUGUGUGUGAACAUCUGUGAUUAUGUGUGUGUAUGUAUGUGACUGGUUUGGUAUCCUUAAAUAUGGCAAUUCCACACAAGGAUAACAAAUAAGGAAAUGAUCUAUUAAAUAAAUUUAAGAAAAGGGAAGUUGUAUUAUAUUAAUUAUUUAUGUUCUAGAUUUUAUGUGCGGCCAAGGCAAUUCCUCUGCGCUCCGUGCGACCCAGGAAAGCCAAAAGGUUGGACACCCAUGCCUUAACAGGUGAAUCAUUUUGCUGAAGACAUUGGUGAGAAGGCACCAAAAUUCCCAUUCCCAUAAAGAACCUUUGUGUCAGUCCUUUCAGAAAACUGUAAAAUAACAAAUCAGAGAGGUGCUUAUUUUAUAAUGCUAAUUGCAUCUAACUUAGUUAGGAGGUGCCAUUAUCCGUUAAGGAAAACAGGUAUGGAAUCCAUUCAAUAUCGAAAGCUGGCUUUGCCAUAGAAAAAUAAUCAGAGACAUUUGUUCUCUGAGAAAUAAUCCCAUUACAGCAAUGCAUGGUUAUUUGCUUUCUUUUUAUAAUUUAUUAUUGUGUAUUGUCUUCAUUGUGUCUAAAUGGAGAUACAGUUGCUGAAAUAUUAUGGAUAUAUGUUGCAUUAUAUUCUGCAUAGGGAUAGAGAAAUAGAAUGUGCUAUGAACACUGACAUAAUUACUUUUUUUAUUUUCAUUUUAGACUCCAUUUAUUUGUGUGUCUCGAGCGGAAGACAUCCUGUACACAUUGUAUAGCUGUGAGCUAAGAUAAGCUACGUAUGCACUGAUGAAGAGCCAAAGACUGGCAUUGUACAAAAAGCAUGCGUGAUCUUCCAGAAUGCUUUUAGGACAUCAGACAAACAGGUGUUCAGAUUUGCUUCUCCAUAGAGGAUUUCUGUUGCUUCUGUUCCACGUUCAAGCUAUUGCAUCUUGCCCCAAGAGCUGCCACUGCUCUGACAUUAGUGGAGCAAUGGUAGUCCACUGCAGCUCUAGAAACCUGGAAGAAAUUCCCAUUGACCUACCAAUGGAAACAGUGUCGCUGAAGCUAGAUGCAAACAAAAUUCACCAAGUGCCUAAUAACGCAUUCAAGGACCUAAGUUAUCUCCAGGAGCUUGACCUUUCCAGAAAUGCUAUUGAGAAAAUAGAGUUGGCUGCAUUCAAAGGGGUAGCAGAGGGACUGAGGCUUCUUGAUUUGUCAGGCAACCAGAUUCAUAGCAUUCCAAAGGAAGCUUUGGAAAAGCUUAGGGCCAAGAUCCGUCUCUCAAACAACCCGUGGCAUUGUGACUGCACCCUUCAGGAGGUUCUUAGGGAACUCAAGUUGGAUCCGGACACAGUCAAUGACAUUUCCUGUCAAACAUCUGUUCAGGAGGAAUAUGUGGGCAAGCCAUUAAUUCAAGUUCUAGACUCUGGAAUCAAUUUCUGCAAUAUCCACCACAAAACAACAGAUGUGGCUAUGUUUAUUACAAUGUUUGGUUGGUUUGCUAUGGUGAUAACCUACGUGGUAUAUUAUGUGAGACACAAUCAAGAGGAUGCCAGGAGGCAUCUGGAAUAUCUCAAGUCAUUACCAAGCACCCAAAUAACCAAAGACUUUGAUACAAUCAGUACUGUUCUAUAGAUAUAGAGCAGUUCACCAUAUUGUGGUGCAUGCACCCAUUUGCUGCUGGAAUAUGUUAUUAUAUAUUAAGAGAGCGAAACCUCUCUGAAUUGAAUGUCACGGUUUAUCUUACACAACAUUUUACAAGUCAUAUGGAUACAAAACACAUUCUGGAUUCUCUAACAUGCAAACCCACUGUGCUUUUAAUAUGCACUCUAAUUAUCUCUUAGAACUGACUUAUUUAUUUAAUAUGGAAAGUACUACAAAGCAAGUAUCAUCGUUAAGAUUACCAGAAUAAGAAAGGAAAAAGGCAGCAUAGAGUUUAAACUAUAUAAAAAAAAUAAUAAAAAAAAAAAAGUACUCUGUAUCACUAUAAGUAGCAGCAAGCCUUUCUCAGUAUAUCUGCACUCUGUUUAACCACAGGAAUUGUGGGACUAUGUUAGAAAAAUUGAGGUUCUCAUAUCAAACAUAUCACCCUGGAUCGUAGUUUUGAAUUACCCAAACGGUAUUGCAUAUUGCAAGAAAAUUAUGUAUGGGUGUCCAGUUGGAAGUAAUUGAGAUCCAGGAGGCAUUCGGAUGCACCAAUUACAUUGUAACACUAAUGGUGUGAAUCAUUGUGAAACUGCAUCACCAAACCAUGUGUGUCCUCCUCCCCCUAGCCUGAACUAACCAUGAGUUACAUUUAUCCAAGGCUUUGUGCCUAGGGGUGCUUCUCAAGUAAACACAUCUAAAGUUUACUGACUUACUAAAGGGUCUUUACUGGAGGGUCUAGCUGUGUAUAUUGUGAGGUAUGGCUAGAUAACAAGAUAGCAUUCUGUUUUACAAAAUGGCCAUUCCGUUAACUAAAUAGAAACACACAGCUUAACUUAGAGGGGAACAGUGAAAGUUUUCAGGGACUUGAAAAAGAUUUUGGGAACAGAUCAUCAAGCUUUUAUAUUAAAAGGACAUUUCACAAAAAGAUAUCAAAAUUCUUUUGUAUGUGUCCCUUCCUAAUAUUAAUAUCCCUUCUCUCUCUCUCUCUCUCUACGUUCCUAUAAACGUUAUCUGAAUUUUUGGACUGAUGGAGAUUAAUAUGGAAAUGAUAGGAUUCCCAAAGGGAAAAAGUUGUAACAAAUAUUUGUGGGAGCUCUUUGGCCCGUCCUCUAAGAGACCCUUUGCUACAACUCCUGGGUGCCAUAGAAAAACCUCCAUGGUCUAUAUUCUAUUUUUACAUGUUUAAUUAUAAAACUGGGAUUAUAAUCCAAGAGUCUGAAUGCCAAAUGUAGAAGAAUAUUAAUGAAUCGAUAGAACUGGCACACAGAAGUCAUGACAAUAUAGAAAUAUAACACAUUUAAUGAACUACUAUAUAGUAUUUUUAAAAUAGAUAUUUAUUAGAUAUGUAUCUUUUUAUAUUUAUUAUACAGAUCUGUUUCUGGGCAAUUCAUCCUCUGGACUUUCAAUAAAUGCUCAAUGUCACUUGUUUCAUCUCAGAAAUAAAGACACUGUAUAUGGGAAGAUUUAUCUUUUUUAUGUGUAAAGCUUAACAAAUGGUAAAUAUGUCAUCAUGUAAUUUUUUAUCUCACUGCUGACCUGUAUUUCUAAUUUAAAAGCAAAAAAGUUACUUGUGCACUAUCCCAAAUCCCAGUGCACAUUUAAAACAAUUAUUUGUGCAUAUUUUUUUUGUAUCACUCCAAUAGCUAAUAACCUGAAAGCCUAGCUAUGCCAUCAAGAUACAUGGGCACUACACUAACAAUUCACUUUGCUGCUUUCAAGUAUAUGACGAAAUCUAUACUAAAACAGAAAUGGGUAUUCUUAUGAACUCCAUUUAUUCGCCAAAUGCCUGUAUGCUUCUGGAUUAGGGAUUCAUUAUCUGCCCUCUGGUGGCGCUAGCAGGCAAAUAGUUGUUAAAAACUGUAUGUGGGCAUCACUAUGAUCCACACAUCCAUACAAUGGAGGUUUUAUACCUCCCUCCACUCUAUGCAAGCUCAGUAAGAGAGCUCUGAUUAAUUGGCUCACAAGCCAACCAAUCAGAGCUCUUUGACUAAAAUUGCAUAUUACAAAUUUCAGAGUGCACUCAUUUGCUGGCUUCUGGGGCUCACAUUGAUUAUUUUUAUUGCGUUGUGGGUUUUUUUUCCCCUUCCUUUUUUGUAAACCAGUUUUUAUUAUUUAUUUUCAAAGUUGCAAUGGGACAAAAUGGAUUUGUGGUAGACCUUUUUUAAGGCUAAGGAAACAAAGAUUGAAAACAAAGAAGAUAUCUGAUGGAUUUUUUUUGCCCCUAUCGCUAUUAGUAGGGUGAGUGGGGUAAGUUUACUUUUACUAGGUUUGGGGUGUAUAUGGUCUUGGGGACCCCUACUCACCCUGGAGAAGGGGUUGGACAAUGACAUUGGUUCCUCGAUGGUUUUUAAUUGAAGCUGCCACCCGCUGACCAUGGUUUUGAACCCGGGAAGACCCUAUGUCCCUCCCGUUCAUUUUAAUUUUAGCCUUCGCACAUUGAGCAUGACGUCCCCCACACAUUAGUAUUUAAUUGGACCCCCACCAUGGGAAAUAGGGAGGACUAUAUGUUCCCCACUUUAUCAUUUUAUUUAGGGAGAUUUACAAAAGAUCCACUGUACUAAUGUAGGGUCAUGCAUAGGCUUUUUUUACUGCUUAUUGUGGUGGUUGGCUAGCAAUCACCUGCCAGCCGCCACAUGAUUAGCUCUGUGUGGAGGUGUCCGGUCCAGCUGAUUUUCAUUUUUUCAACUGAAUUUUUUGGGAACCAAGCUGGGACAUUGCCAAACACUGCAGGUCAGGAACAAAAUUUCCUAUUUGGAAAAUUUUGCUCGGAAAAACUGAAAAAUCUUGCAUUUACAAAUUUCAUUAAUAUGUUUCCAUUUUGAUCUUAAGAAUGUAAUAUGUCAGGUUUACUAAAAAUGGUCAUAAGCCAAACAUCGUGUCCCUUGAACUUUCCUUUCAUCAACUAAAUCAUGUUGUGUUGUAGCCUUAAUGAGUUUCCAUUGAAGUGCCAUAAUAUAUGGAGUUUUUACCACCCGUCCAAGGGUUUAACAUCAAUAGCCUACAAUAGUCCAGGAAUUACUGAUAUCUUAAUUUUAUUGAUAAAAAACAGACAAUCUGUGUUCUUGAUCACUAGUUUAGGAACAUUUGUACAGAUAUGUGGCUUUUAUUAUAAAUGUCAUUAUAAUUAUUUGCCUAUGACUUUUGUUUACACAAUUAAACUCAAUAGUGAAAUGAUGGCACUUUUGAUUAAUGUCUUUCAAGUUUACAGCGUCCUUAUAUUUUCCACUAGUCUCUGGAGUUACUGCCAUUACAUGUUAAACGAAUAAAGCAGG